CCCGGUUAUUACAAUAUAUGUCAAUAAAUUGCUAAAACAUAAUCAUGAGAUUAAUGGCAAAUGGUUUCAAUAUUUGAGUGAAUUGUGGGAACUGUGGUCCAGAAGAUUGAAAUACAAGACCAAUAGAGUCACAACACAUGAUGUCUGGAAAGAUGAUGUCCACGACUCAGGAAUGUUACCAUUUCCUCAUGAGUGGCACUAUGAUAUGCCCUCACAGUAAUAGCUAUACAUUAGAGGAGGACUCGGAUGUCGAGUACCGGAAGAAUGAGUACAGAGUUUGUGGACUCGGAGUUGAGAUAAUGUCUCCAUUCAGAAGGAAAAGGAUUAAGUUUAGGGGAUAUCUCACGAAGAAUGACAACGAAUUAGUUUACGUUAAGUUCAGGUUCUUAUGGUAUUCC